GGCGGGCCCCGCGGCAAGCCUGGCAGAGGCGCGAGGCCCUCCUCCCGCCUCUCCGCCUACUCCAGCCUCCGCCGCCUCAGCUUCCCGAGCGAGCCCUGCGGCCGCCGGAGCAGCUCCCGCGGCGGAGCAGGAGCCGGAUGGUCAGAGGAGCCCGGCAGCCCCAGCAGCCGCGGAGUCGCCUGCCCCCCAGACUGACUGGCACAGUGGAGAAACCGCCUCGAAAACGGAGAAGCAGUAUCAGAGGUUCUGGUGAUAGCAGUCAUUCACAAUCUCAAGGGGAAAGAUAUCAACAUUUCACUGAAAAGACUGAAUUUGCUCUUAAAGAAAUCAUGUCCUCUGGAGGUGCUGAAGAUGAUAUCCCACAGGGAGAGAGGAAAACCGUUACAGAUUUUUGUUAUCUUCUGGAUAAAUCUAAGCAGCUGUUCAAUGGGUUAAGAGAUUUGCCACAAUAUGGACAGAAGCAGUGGCAGUCCUAUUUUGGAAGAACUUUUGAUGUUUACACCAAACUCUGGAAGUUCCAGCAGCAACAUCGACAAGUCUUGGAUAAUCGGUAUGGCUUGAAGCGCUGGCAAAUAGGAGAAAUUGCUUCCAAGAUUGGGCAGCUAUACUAUCAUUAUUACUUACGCACAUCUGAAACCAGCUAUCUGAAUGAGGCUUUUUCCUUCUAUUCUGCAAUCAGACAGAGAUCAUAUUAUUCUCAAGUCAAUAAAGAGGACAGACCUGAGUUGGUAGUUAAGAAGUUACGAUAUUAUGCAAGAUUUAUAGUAGUUUGUCUUCUUCUCAACAAAAUGGAUGUUGUAAAGGAUCUGGUAAAGGAAUUGUCAGAUGAAAUUGAAGAUUAUACUCACCGAUUUAAUACUGAAGAUCAAGUGGAAUGGAACUUGGUGCUUCAAGAAGUAGCAGCUUUCAUUGAGGCGGAUCCUGUAAUGGUAUUAAAUGAUGAUAAUACCAUUGUUAUCACAUCGAAUCGCCUUGCUGAAACAGGAGCCCCAUUGCUGGAACAGGGCAUGAUUGUGGGACAGUUGUCUCUGGCUGACGCACUCAUUAUUGGUAAUUGUAAUAAUCAGGUCAAGUUCAGUGAACUAACUGUUGACAUGUUCCGGAUGUUACAAGCUCUGGAAAGGGAGCCAAUGAAUUUAGCUUCCCAGAUGAAUAAACCAGGAAUGCAGGAAUCAGCUGACAAGCCUACUAGACGAGAAAACCCCCACAAGUAUCUGCUCUACAAACCAACCUUCAGCCAGCUAUAUACCUUCUUAGCAGCGUCUUUUAAGGAGCUGCCUGCCAAUAGCGUGCUUCUGAUUUACCUGUCGGCCACUGGCGUUUUCCCCACAGGUCGUUCUGAUAGUGAAGGUCCUUAUGAUUUUGGAGGUGUACUUACUAAUAGUAACCGGGAUAUUAUUAAUGGAGAUGCCAUCCACAAACGAAAUCAGUCCCACAAGGAAAUGCACUGCCUUCAUCCCGGGGAUCUCUAUCCUUUCACCAGGAAGCCACUGUUCAUCAUUGUGGAUUCGUCUAAUAGUGUUGCGUACAAGAAUUUCACAAACUUGUUUGGACAGCCACUAGUCUGCUUGCUUUCUCCUACAGCAUAUCCAAAAGCUUUACAAGAUCAAUCUCAGCGAGGUAGCCUCUUCACUCUCUUUUUGAACAAUCCUCUAAUGGCCUUCCUAUUUGUCUCUGGAUUGUCAAGCAUGCGCAGAGGCCUAUGGGAAAAGUGUCAAGAAUAUCUUCGAAAAAUCAACCGUGAUAUUGCCCAGCUACUGACUCAUUCACGUUCAAUAGAUCAGGCAUUUCUCCAGUUUUUUGGAGAUGAAUUUCUUCGCUUGCUCCUCACAAGAUUUAUCUUUUGUUCAGCCACCAUGAGGAUGCACAAGAUUUUUCGGGAAACACGAAAUUAUCCAGAAUCAUAUCCACAACUGCCAAGGGAUGAAACAGUGGAGAAUCCUCAUCUCCAGAAGCACAUUUUGGAAUUAGCAUCCAUUCUAGAUGUUCGAAACGUGUUCUUUGAGAAUACCAUUGAUGACUAUUAAAACAAAAACCCUGUUGUCGAAACAAGUUUUCAUUUUCCACAAAUUUUAAAUGGUGCAGUUUUCUAAUGUGAUAAGACACAUAGUGGUGUUACUUAGUUUUUAUUUUUUAAUUUAGGGCCACCAUUUUAAAAACAAACAAAAAAAUGUUCACACUUUUAGGGUAACUGUUUUAAAAUGCAACCUUUCAGGUCUUUUAAAAUCUUAACCUUGGAAUUUUUAUUUUUUGAUUUUGAGGGAUGGAUAUUUACCUCCAACUUCUAAUCCUACACUCAAAUAGUCACUAUUCUCACCCUGAGAAGAGUAAAUCAUUUAUUUUUGUAUAAUGAGGUAAAUCCAACUCUUAUACUUGGACCUAAGUUAAAUGUCUGGAUUUGGAAAUAUGUAAUGGUUCAUAAUGAUGAAGCUAGCCACCAUGGACUACUGAAAAUCAAGAACAGAGUCCCUCCAUAAUAUAUUUUUUCUCAUUCCAACUUAGCUGGUAGAAAAAUGUUUGAUUCUUUGAAACAUGAUCAAGCCAGUUUUUGAAAUCAUUUAAUUUCUUUCAAUACUGUCAUAAUUUCAGAAAUUGGAUUGAAUUGCAUCUGAAGGCUACAUCUUGAUUGAGGACUUGAGGUGGUAAUAUUACUUGGAAUGUAUGAGUAUUAUGAGAUUUAUUUGCAUAUUUUCUUUGUAGUCUGUGAAUGCUGGAAAUGAAAAAGGAAACAACUUUGAAAUAUUUUAGUCAAAAAACCAUGUCAUUGGUUUCAUAAUACAAUGUCUCCAAUAGGAAUUCUAUUUAAACUCUUGGUUUAUGAGAUCACAUUUAAAGACUGGAUUGAUGUCUGUGACAUAAAGUUUUAAUUUUUUGCCUCAUUCAAAUUUAUGAGACUUCAAAGUAAUAGAUGUUUUAAAUUUUGGUAAGGGGUAACUGGGUGUUAUGAAACCUAAAAUGUAAGUUGAUUUUGCAUUGGUAAUUUGGAAAUAAGAUUUAUUAACAUUCCCUGUAUUUAGUAUUUUAUAUUCAUGCACAAAAUUUUUAUUAUCUUAAGUAGGACUCAGUGUAUAUUAUAAAGAUUUUUCUUUUUUGUGUUUUCCUUCCCUGUCAUUCCCUUUAUAAUUUCACAGUCACUUGCUAUGAAGUCCUCCCUCCUUUUUGAUUAUGCAGCAUUCAAUUUCAGAAAUCUAUGAAUGAAAAGGCCUUAUACCUAAUUUUCUGUACAGGAUCACAUCUGGCAGUCCCAGGAGAAGUGAGCUGAUUGCUUUUGAUAUCUCUUUCCCAUGGCCCUAAGUAAAUUAUACUCUAAAUUUAUUUAUUUUUUUUGAGACAGAGUCUUGCUUUUGUUGCCCAGGUUGGAGUGCAGUGGCGCUAUCUCGGCUCACUGCAACCUCCGCCUCCCAGGUUCAAGCAAUUUUCCUGCCUCAGCCUCCCGAGUAGCUGGGAUUACAGGUGCCCGCCACCAUGCCUGGCUAAUUUUUGUAUUUUUAGUAGAGACGGGGUUUCACCAUGUUGGUCAGGCUGGUCUCAAACUCCUGACCUUGUGAUUUGCCUGCCUCAGCUUCCCAAAGUGCUGGGAUUACAGGCGUGAGCCACCGCACCUGGCUAUUAUUUUUAACUUGGUUUUCAUUUCUGGCAUAGAGACUAAUUUGAGUCUAAGUUAUUCCCAUUCCUGCUCUGAUUUGCUGAUUUUUCAAACCUGAAGUCCAAAGUUACUGUUUUGGGGUUUGGGGACUUGGGGAGUAUUUUACUUUUUUUUUUUUUUUUUUUUUUAAGAGACAGAGUCUUGCUUUGUUGCCCAGGUUGGGGUGCAGUGGUACAUUCAUGGCUCACUGCAGCCUCAAAUUCCUGGAUUCAGGCAAUCUUCUCACCUCAGCCUCCCAAGUAGCUGGGACUACAGGCAUGCGCCACCAUGCCUGGCUAAUUUUCUUUAUUUUUUAAUUUUUUGUAGAGACGUGGUCUCACUUUGUUGAGCAGGCCGGCCUCAAACUCCUGGGCUCAAGUGAUCCUCCUGCCUCAACCUCCCAAAGUGCUAGGAUUACAGGUGUGAGCCACUGUACCUGGCCUGUUUACUUUUUAAAAAUUUUUUUGUUUGUUCUUUCAAACAGUAUUUCAGAAAGCUUGGGAAAAGUUACCCUGGAAAGAGAUUUCCUUUGCUAGUGGGUUUUCAUUUUCAGGUAAAGACUGCUUUACUUUUUUUUCAGUAUCUUAAUAAACUUCAUAGCUUUCCUUUAGUAACAGUGUUCAUUGAACUACAGCAAUAGACUAUCUUCAGUUUUCUGACCUCUUGUUUCAAUUCCCCUUAAGUCCUGUGCCAGUUAUGCUCCUACCAACACAGAGUUUCCUGUCCUCUAAUGUUUAAAAUAGUAUUUACUGUUCUGAGCUUUAUCCUCCCCCAUUAAGCAUAAAGAACACUGGUCUGGGAACUAGGAGACCUAAGUUCUAGUCCUGGCUUUCCUGGUAACUUAAUCGUUAUGCCCUUUGACAACUGUCUUCAUGUCUCUGCUUGUUAGCACUCUCAUCUGUAAAAUGAAGAGGUUGGCCCAGGUCCUUUCCAACUCUGAUUCUGUAAUUUGGACUCUUGGUUCCAAAAAUAUUGAUUUCCCCACUCCAACCACCAAGAGAACUAUUUACCCUGUUUGUAGUGUACACAACCUUUUCUUUUGUAAGUCAUAUUUACCUAGAUUUUGUUCAAGAAAAUCUGGGUCCCACUUAGCUGUUUCAGAAACUAGUACAGACAGAGAGUCUCCUGAGGAAAUCAGAGCUUUUAUGAUUAGAAACAUGCUUGUCUAAAAAUGAGGGUCUUAGAAAUCACAACAUUGACCCUUAUGACGUUGCCCCUUAAGCUAAUAGUGUAAUUCCUUACUGGUAGUUAAAAAUCUAAAGUGGACUGAAGUGAUCUUGAAUCUUCAAAGAGAGGAAAACUGUGCUGGAAAAUGUUAUUGUUUCAUUGAUGCCUUCAAAAAAAUGCGUAUUAAACAAAGACUAUACUCCAGAUUUUCUUCUGGGCAUUGGGGAAGCAAACAAAAUAGACUUAAAAAUCCUCGUGUUCAUGAAGCUUACAUUCUAGUAGAAGGAGUAAGGCAAUAAACAUAAGUGAUUUAUGUUAGAAAAUGUUAAGUAGGAUGGAAAAGCAUAGAUUAUGGUAAGGUAAAUCUUUUGUUUGUUUUCUUAAGAGAAGAACAAUGUUUAAAAGAGUGAUGAAGCAGGGCAUGGUGGCAUGACCCUAUUAGUCCCAGCUACCUGGGAGGCCGAGGUGGGAGGGUCACUUGAGCCCAGGAGUUUGUGGCUGCAGUGAGCUGUGAUUGCACCACUGCACUCCAGCCUAGAUGACAAAGCAAGACCUCGUCUCUGGAAAAAAAGAAAAGAAAAAGUGAUGAUCAGGGUAGGCUUCAUUAGGAGGGUCACAUUUGCAUGAACACUUUGCCUUUUCUUUCUUUUUAUGAAAGUUUUAAACAUAGUUUUUUUGUUUUUUGUUUUUGAGAUGGACUUUCACUCUUGUUACUCAGGCUGCAGUGUGGUGGCAGGAUCUCAGCUCACUGCAACCUCCGCCUUCCGGUUUCAAGUGAUUCUCCUGCCUCAGCCUCCCCAGUAGCUGGGAUUACAGGCAUGUGCCACCACACCAGCUAAUUUUGUAUUUUGAGAUGGGGUUUCACCAUGUUGGUCAGGCUGGUCUCGAACUCCUGAUUUCAGGUGAUCCGUUGGCCUCGGCCUCCCAAAGUGCUGGGAUUACAGGCAUGAGCCACCACGCCCAGCCUAAACAUACAGUUUAAUAAAUCCUCCUUGUACCUCACCCAGCUUCUGUAUUUCUUUAAUCAAGGGAGAAGAAUCAUCUAAAAGGACAGUUGCCCAAUGGGCUUGAGCUGAUAGUGGCAAAGAAUUUCAUUUUUUAAAAAUGCAUACCACCUGCCCUUUAUAAAAAAAUUUAAACCCUAAUGUAUUUAAUUUUAUAAUUCAUAAAAAUUUAAAUAUUGGAACUAAGAACAGAGCAAAGCAAAGGGAAAAAGCACUCCUUUGUUUUCAAAUUGCACAAACUGUCCCUGGAGAUUCUGAUAGUCUCUCAUCUCUCUUAAGUAUCACUGUAAACAACAUAGAAAGCAUAAGACUGCAAGAAGUCAGUUAUACACAAAACAAAAUGAAGCACAGUGGAAUUUUCUCUUUCUUUAUCUGUAUAUUUAUGAAGUUGGUAAAGCAACUAUCUUCUCUAUUUUACAGAAGAGAAAGCUGAGACCCAAAAAGCUAUUCAUAGUGAUAGAGCUAGAACUAAAACUCAGAUCUCCUCAUCUCAGCCCAGUCUUCUCAGUAGCUCAGACUGCUUUCUAUAACGAACAAGAAAGAAUAAUUAGGGAUUUGUAUUUUGGCACAAAACAGUAUCAAAUUUUUGUUGUAAAAAUCCACAAGUCUGACAUUUUAUCUUUUAUUCUAGCCAGGAUGUAUUCUUCAUUUGCAUGUGUGUGUUUCUCUUAGAAAGUGGUGCUCUCAAACCUUUCAAAGCACAGAAUUUAUUGUACCCUGUUUAUUUUUACCAAAUUGAAAUGUUUCAGGAUUUCAGAAGCAAAGUGCAAUCCAAUUGUGGCUGGAGUUUUCCUGAUAGAGGAUCCGGGUGGUUCCCUCCCCUCCAACUUCUGGCUACUGCCCUUUAUUUCCUUUGUGCAAUAGAAUUCCCUGAAACAGAUUAUGUGGUAAUUAUACUGAUUUAGUCAGGAUAAUGGGAAAAGCGACAAAUCAGAUUUAUGUAUUAGGUAUUAUGGAGCUUUCUUUAGCACUCUCCUCCAAGUUUAAUCUCUGACAUGUGUGAUAGAGUAACUUUCUGUCUCUGAGAAGCAGUUUGGACCCAGCUGAAAAAUUUUAUUUAUGGAGACUUGUAAUCAGCCUGAUAUACAGAGAACACUCUGGACUGGAAAUAUAGUCAGGUACCAAGGUCUGCUAAUUUGGCCAUUGCCAGUGAUUCAAAACCACCUCCCCACCCUGAGUAAAAGAUUUGAUAUGAAUAUGAAUGCUAUGAGUCUCCUGGUGAUGUUUUGGGUGUAUAUGUUCCUGUGUGUGUUUGGAAAUCAUAGAGGGUAUUUACCUUGAGGGCUCUUUUGUUGACCUUAUUUAUUUGAAAUUCUUAUUUUAUUUGUAAUGGCAUAUGUAUAUUUUUGUGAUGCUACAUGCAAUCUCUGUGUAUACUUUUUGUAUAUAUGUGUACAUAUUUGUAAAUAUAUUGGUAUGCAAUGAUACAGUAUGUGUAUAUUAUGUACCCAUACCCAUUGUGGGCUGAAUUUAUUUAAGUUCUGUGAGGACAUCCUAGUGGCAUUGUUCAUGCUGCUGUAAUUAGGUUGUGGCUGUAUCUCAUUCAUAAGCCUCUAUUUUGAGAGGCUUGUGUUUGGAUAAAAUGGGCUAAUUUGGAGUUGAAAUUAGGAUAUGAAGAUCUUAACAGAAAGCUGGAUAUUUAUUCUUAGCUUUAAAAUCACCUGCAAAUUUUUAUUUAAACUGAUGAUAAAUUAGUGAUAUAACCUGAAAAACCUAAGUAUGUCAAACUGAGACACCAGCAGAUUCUUAGGCUGUAGUAGUCCUUUAUUUUCUUGAUCCAUAUUUAAGUAUUAUUACGGAGUAGUAAAUUAUGUAUAUUGGGGCUUAAUAGGCUGUGGAAAAAAAUUGCUUUAAUCACAUUUAAAAACAUAGGAAAAUGUCCAUUAAAUAGGGGAAAUAUAUUCCCAGUUGUCAUUUUUAUGCCUCAUACUGAAUUUUGAUUUUGGAACAAUUUUUCUUUCAUCAGUGUUUUAUGUGUCUCUAUGAGGCAGAAAAGGGGGCAUUAGCUAAGGGAUGGCCUAACCUAAGUAGGAUAGGAUUUAGUGAGGAACGGGAGGUUGUUAAUUUGUAUAUUUGCAGCAGCUAUGAUUAAUUUAGUCCUGUCUUGGCAUUUCCGGCUACAGAUUUUUUCUUACUGGACUUCCAUAUCAAAGGUGAGUAGGCUCAUCUGAGAAAAUGCUUCCACUGAAUAAAAUGCCUUCACUCGUA